AUGACCAUUAGCAAAUCCUCCAAACUCCCACAAACCGCCCUUCUGAAGCAAAUUCUGAAGAGAUGUUCAAGCCCAGGCAAGAAACAUGGUCUCCCUCUUGACGUUCCCAAAGGCCAUUUCGCUGUUUAUGUCGGCGAAAACCGAAGCCGAAACAUCGUCCCCAUCUCGUUCUUGACUCACCCUCAAUUCCAAUGCUUGCUUCAACGAGCUGAGGAAGAGUUUGGUUUUCACCACCACAUGGGCCUCACCAUCCCUAGUGAAGAAGUUGCUUUUCGCUCUCACACUUCUAUGCUUCCAUGA